AUGUUGAAACGAAAGAGGUUGUUGGUGAUCCUGGUGUUUGUGCUGGCAUUCUGGUUUUGCAGCCCACAGCUCCAACCCGUUGAGCAGCCGCGCGUGCCCGCCACGUUCUACACGUACGUCCCGAACAUCGACGUGGCACAGUCGCUGCUGCGCACAGUCCACUCUGUGGAGUCCUCUUUCAACAAAAAAUACAAGUAUGAUUGGGUGUUUGCGUACUAUGCUGAUCACGAGAUGUCACCGGAACUGCGAGCACGGCUGCAGAAGUUGUGUUCGGGACAGGCACACUUUGAGCAGAUAUCGUCGCCGCAUUACGACGUGCCUGAGUCGAUCGACGAAGGAAAGUUGCACCAGGCUCUCAGACAGUCUGCCUCGGCGUCGCCCUGCUCCAGGUUUCUGCAGUACAAACUGAAAAACCGUUUUCAGACGUACGGAUUCCAGUUCCUGCCAAUAAUGCGCAACUACAGAUACUAUUGCAACGUCGAGGUCGGGUCCCAGCUGGCGUGCGACCUGAAGGACGAUUUUUUCCGGCAUAUGCACAUACACCAGCUGGUGUACGGGUUUGCGAGCGCGCCGGUCGAGUCCAAGACGCUCACCAAGUCGCUGGUGCCUGCGUUCGAGGAGUUUCUGAGUCUUUUGCCCUACAACGAGACAGACGUGCUGCCGUUUGUCUACGAAAACCAGUACACGCAGUGUAAUUUCGAUUCCAACUUCGAGGUGGUGGAUCUCGAGUUCUUCCGCUCGCGGGACUACGAGCGGUUCUUCCACUACUUGGACAACACCAAUGGGUUUUUCCUUGAGCGCUGGACCGACUACAACGUGAAGACGCUGGCCGUAGCGCUGUUUGUGCCUGCGUCCAAGAUCUUUUGGCUGCCCAACACUGGCCUUUCUGGCCUGCUCAACCGCAACACGUGUCCGCUGGACAAAAACGUGAGAGUCCGCAACCACUGCGCCUGUGAUCCGGCUAAGGAUUUUGCGUUCUCAUCGCAGAGCGGUCUGCGUCGCCUGUUCCAUGUUCUCAACUGGGACCUGCCCGAGUCUGUGCCGCCAACAACUGCGAACGAUCUCGCUCCAAAAUUCCGCAUGCCUGUCAACAAGCUCGAGGCGUAUCCAUGGACGUUCGAGUAUAUGAAGACUGAUCGAUGGUUCCGGGAACAGUUUAUGGGGAAACCAAAGCGUAAAAUAGACACCACAUCAUGA